CACCCAAAACACGAGUUCAUACUCUUCGCUCUCCACUCUCGACGAAACCCCAGAAAGAAUCUGGUUGCGCCAAAGCUAUGGCCUUCUCCUCUAUGCGGAAUCUGGCUCGGUCAGGCGUCAGUCUUCCCUUAUUGAGAACCCAGUUCGAAAGAACCCAGCUUGAAAGGACCCAGUUCGUCAGGUCCUUUUGGAAGGGAAGCAGAGGGCGAUUGGAAAAAGGUAUGCAAGAGAAGUUGAAGUACUUGAUUGACCAGGGAGUUAAAAUAGAAAUGGUGGAAGAUAAGAACCAGCCAGUAGGGAAGUAUACCUUAGAAAUGCAUCCCUACACUAUGGAGGUAAUACAAGUUUGGGCCAAACAAUUAAAGAUUUUAGGGAUGUUGACUGAUCUUCACAUUCUUGCUGAAACCAAGUUGACUUUGCGUGAGUCCGGGUUGUUGGCGUCCCUAUACAAGCACGGCCCAAAUGACACUUGGAGAGCUGUAGCUCAGAGAAUCAAAGGGAAAACUACUAGAUCUGUUUAUGAACUGAAGACAGUUGAGACACGGCUGGAUGAGAUUCGAGCAUUGGCAAAAGAAAUAUCUACAGUUCUCAUUGUUUAUCAGAAACAAAAGAAGACAGCAUUACAACCCAAAGACAAUAGGACAGAGGUCCUUCCCCAUGACUUUGGAUCCAUUUUGAUCAAGCUUUCUCAACUUCGUUUGAAAUGGAAAGCUAUUGCCUCUUUGGAAAGUGCGACCUUGUUGGAUGAUUCUGAGAUGGAUGAAUUGGUUGAGAUAGAAGCGACAAUCAAAGAAGUGCAUAAUAUUGUGGUUGUCCAACAACUGUUGGAAAAAGAUGUGUAGAUAGGACCAGAUCAUUUUAAGAUUUUAGUUAGCAAUUGAAACUUCAUGUCACUGUAGGAAGUUUGUUUAACUAUAGUCUCUUUACCUAUUGUUAUUUUGUGUGCUGAAGUUAAGACUUACUGUAAUUGCUAGCUACUAUUGUAAGUCUUAUAGGCAAAGUCUUCCAGAAGUUUGUUAGCCAAUUUUGUGUCGCUUCUUGUAACUUUCCUCCCUAUUUAGUUCUUUUCUGCUUGUAUAUUCUUGCUCCUUUUGUUAUUAAUAUGCUAUUCCUACAGAAGAAAAGAGAAAAAGAGGUGUUGCA